AUGGUUUUGUUCCGCGUCCGCUUGAACUGUAUUGAUCACUAUCAAGCCUUACCGAGUCGUCAUGACCCCCAGCUGCGCAACGACCUCCAGGCACCCCUCGUGAAUGCGACUAGAGUCCCCGUCAUUCGGAUCUUUGGCUCGACGGAAUUCGGUCAGAAGGUGUGCGCCCAUGUGCAUGGCGUGUUUCCUUAUCUAUACGUGGAGUAUGACGGAGACUUGAACCAAGACGCAGUUGGGGCUUUUAUAUACCGCCUGCACCUCUCUAUCGACCAUGCGCUGGCCAUAAGCUACCGGCGUGAUCAGGAUGGAGACAAGGCCAAGUUCGUUGCGCGGAUCACCCUGGUGAAAGGGGUCCCCUUCUACGGCUACGCUGUUGGCUAUAAGCCUUUCCUCAAGAUCUACAUGUUUAAUCCUAUGGUUAUGACGCGACUGGCGGACUUGCUUCAGCAGGGAGUUAUACUGAAGCGGAAGUUUCAGCCGUACGAGGCUCAUCUCCAAUAUCUCCUCCAGUUCAUGGUUGACUACAACUUGUAUGGGUGCGAUUAUGUCGAAUCGUCGCAGACGUUUUUCAGAUGCCCGGUCCCUCCACGACAUGAAGGUAACGCUGCGUCUUCUCAGCUUUGGGAUGAGGGCACUGUUCCGGUGGACUAUAUUACGGAUGACCUCGCGCUGCCUCGGGAAAGUUAUUGCUCGAUCGAAGUCGACAUCUCCGCCCAAAAUAUCAUCAAUAGGGAGAAGAUCAAGGAACGACUGCUCCACCAGGAUUUUUCUGAGUUCAUCAGGCCUCCGUCAGACGAUACAAGGUUGGUUUCAAGUCUGGCUGGACUAUGGAAGGCCGAAGCUCGAAGGCGUCAGCGUCAACUGCCACCCGGCCAAACACCCGCUCAGCCUCUUGUUUCCUCUUUUCCAAGAGAGGCUCUUGUGUCAAUGUCGGCGGACUCUCGGUCAUCCGAGCCACAGGCAUGGAUGCACGAGGAAGACUAUCGGCGGAAGGUGGAGAAUCUGAUCUCUGAAGAACAGGAGCAGUUCCACGAGUCUGGGUUGAGCCUAGGUACCUUUCUGGAACCCCUGCCUCAUGAGAGCUCGAUCAAAACCAGCCUACAAUCUGUCGAAGACCUCCACCCGUCGAACCUAUCGGCUGCGCUUGGGCUUUCUUUGACUUCGGCACGGCCAAACGAGGAUCCGAGCAGCAACAUCGAGGUUGAUGAACAGAAGCUGCAGAUGUCUCAAGCAGACGAAGAUGCCUGGCUUACAACAAAUGCAGUUGGUUUGGAUUUCGAGGAGGAGUCCAGGAAGGAGCAUAGUGUGCCAUCACUGGAGAAUAUUGACGCCGUAACACCCAAAUCUACAAUGGCUCAGUCCACCAAGGAUCCCGAAUCUGGAAGAUCCAACGCCCGUUUUCUUGGAAUUGGCGAAAGCGGUCUUUUGACUGGCCAAAUCCCUAGACUACCAUUCUCGUCCAUUUUAGUUGAAGCUGCUCAGCGCAAUCGACUCACUUAUACACAUGGCCAAAAGAAUGUAACUGGUCUGGAGAUCAGGUCAGUAAGUAAACGAACAGCAUCAUUGCCAGAUGACAGCAUUGCAAAGAGGGCCAAGCACUUUGUAACGCACCAGGGAAAAUCUUUGCCUUCCUCAACGGCCGUGGAUGAACCACGCUCUUGUCUCAAACCGCAAUCUGAUUCGCUUCAGCAUAUCGAACUUUUCAAGGCCUCACAAGUCGGUGCAACAAAGCCAAAGACUCAGGGUUCCAGUCGCUUCAUGACAUAUGCCCUUCCUCCUCCUUCUGUAGCCGAUGUCACUUGUCAAAGCGAGCGCGGCUGUCCGGAAGUCUUAUACCAGGACGCUUUCUACAGCAAUGAAGCCGAUGUUCCAUUGCGACGACGCGAGUAUGCCGGCAGGGAGUUUCACUUGAUUAGCAAUACUUUGCCCUUUCUACCUAGUUUCGAUCCAACGGGCAAUUCUGCCCCGGCUUGGAUGAGCCACGAUAGCGAUACAAGCCUCUCCCGCGAGGCCGACAUGUGGCAAAAUGAACAGCGAUUGAAGGAACACUGCUCAUGGAGAGGCUGGGAGAUUGUCGGAUUCCCUCCUUCCUACGAUGAGGUUGCUAGGUGGAUGGUUCAGAAUGCGACUGACAUGAAAAGGGCCAAACCAAGGCUAAUUCGUUCAUGGCUAUCUCAGAUAGACGGCCCAACGCCAAGGACCAAACACAACUUUAAGUACAGCCAGAGACAGCCCUCCUCGGCUAUCCCACAUGAGGCUCAAUACAUGAGCACAAUGAGUCUCGAAAUCCACGUCAAUACAAGGGGGAAUUUUGUUCCCAAUCCAGAGGAAGACGAGAUACAAUGCAUCUUCUGGCACUGGAAAGACGACGGAGCAACGAGCAGCGCGACUCCUGAAAUGUCGGGAUCCUCCGGUUCUGGAGUCUUGGUCCAGUCGGUCGACAGUAUUCUAGCUGAGCAAAUCAGAAGUGUGGUGCCUGACGAAGUUGCUGAAGAGUCGUCAGAGCUGGAUUUGCUCAAUAGGAUGGUUGAGAUUGUCAGAUUCUAUGAUCCGGACAUACUGACUGGCUAUGAAGUGCAUGGAAGCUCAUGGGGCUAUCUCAUUGAACGAGCGAGGCUGAAGUAUGACUAUGACCUUUGCAGUGAAUUCUCCAGGAUGAAGACGCAAUCCAACGGGCGUUUUGGCAAGGAAAACGACCAAUGGGGCUUCAACACGACCUCGAGUAUUCGCGUAACAGGAAGGCAUAUGAUCAACAUCUGGAGGGCAAUGCGUGGCGAAGUCAACCUCCUCCAAUAUACGAUGGAAAAUGUGGUUUGGCAUCUUUUGCACCGUCGCAUACCUCAUUAUCCAUGGAGGUGUCUCACAUCUUGGCACCGCAGCGGCAAGCCGCAGGACGUGGUAAGGCUUCUGAGAUACUACCGCACACGGACCAGACUGGACCUGGAGAUUCUGGAGUCCAACGAGCUCAUAUCGAGGACGAGCGAGCAGGCAAGGCUUCUAGGCGUCGACUUCUUCUCCGUCUUCUCUCGCGGCUCGCAGUUCAAAGUCGAGUCCAUCAUGUUCCGGAUCGCAAAGCCGGAGAAUUUCAUGCUUGUCUCCCCGAGUCGGAAGCAAGUCGGCCAGCAAAAUGCUCUUGAGUGCUUACCAUUGGUGAUGGAGCCCCAAAGCGCCUUUUACAGUAGCCCCCUGGUUGUUCUUGAUUUCCAGAGUCUCUAUCCAAGCAUCAUGAUCGCAUACAAUUACUGCUAUUCAACGUUCUUGGGGCGCAUCACAGACUGGCGAGGUAAGAGCAAGAUGGGCUUCGCCGAGUACAGACGACAGGACGGGCUGUUGAGCUUGCUGGCGAAGCACAUCAACGUCGCGCCCAAUGGCAUGAUGUAUGUGAAAGCCGAGGUCCGUAAGUCCCUACUCGCCAAGAUGUUGACGGAAAUUCUGGAGACAAGAAUCAUGGUCAAGAGCGGAAUGAAGCAGGAUCGGGAUGACAAGACUCUGCAGCGGCUGCUGAACAAUCGACAGCUUGCGCUGAAGCUGCUCGCCAACGUGACCUAUGGUUACACGUCGGCCUCCUUUUCGGGUCGAAUGCCGUGCUCGGAGAUUGCGGAUAGCAUUGUGCAGACUGGUCGCGAGACUCUGGAGAGGGCCACUGCGUACAUACAUUCGGUGGAGCGAUGGGGCGCUGAAGUGGUUUACGGCGAUACUGAUAGCCUUUUCGUCUACCUCAAGGGCCGAUCCAGGGAUGAGGCCUUUGUCAUAGGACAGGAGAUUGCUCAAGCCAUCACGGAAAGGAACCCUAAGCCAGUCAAGCUCAAGUUUGAAAAAGUCUACCAUCCUUGCGUUCUCCUCGCCAAGAAACGCUACGUCGGGUACAGGUACGAGAGCAAGGAUCAGGCCAAGCCCGAGUUCGAUGCCAAAGGCAUAGAAACUGUACGCCGCGACGGGACUCCUGCAGAGCAGAAGAUCGAGGAGAAGGCUCUGAGACUACUGUUCGAAACGGCGGACCUGAGCCAAGUCAAGGAUUACUUCCAGGAACAGUGCAGGAAGGUGAUGAGUGGUCGAGUGUCGAUCCAGGACUUUUGCUUUGCCAAGGAGGUUCGCCUAGGAUCCUAUUCAGAGCAUGGCCUACCACCUGCUGGGGCCAUGAUUAGCGCGAGAAAGAUGCUACAAGACUCGAGGGCAGAGCCGCAGUACGGCGAACGGGUGCCCUAUGUGGUGGUUACGGGAGCGCCGGGCGCUCGGCUCAUCGACCGGUGUGUCUCGCCGGAGGAGCUUCUUCGCAACCCUCACUGGCAGCUGGAUGCGGACUAUUACAUCACCAAGAAUCUGAUACCUCCCCUGGAGCGGAUAUUCAACCUCGUCGGCGCCAACGUGAGACAGUGGUAUGAGGCGAUGCCCAAAAUCCGGCGGAUCCAGCGAACCAAGGGGCACGGCCACAAGAAGCGGACUCUGGAGGCGUAUAUGCAUUCGAUUAACUGCUUGGUUUGUGGCAGAAAGGUUGUCAGCUCUGCGGAGAUGUCGUUGUGCAGCUUCUGCUACGCCAAGGCGCCAGACUCGUUGCUGACGCUGCAAUCGAAGCUGGUGGCGGUGGAGCGCAAGUACGACGAAAUGAAGCGCAUCUGCCAAGGCUGUGAAGGACUCGGCCCACUGGAAGAGGUUGCGUGUGACAGCCAUGACUGCCCCGUGUUCUGGACUCGCACAAGGCUGAGAAGCAAGAUGCAUCACGAGCAAGUAGUGACGGAGCCCCUAAUCGAUGAGUUGCACGCCAGCAUGGAAGACCUUUCACUGGACUGGUAG